GAAGCGGCCGUGGGUGGCCCGGAGCCGGAGGAGGGUCGCGCCGGGCGGAGCGGCCGGCCUCCGCUAGUGUCUGCUCUCCGCUCCGGCUCGGAGCUAAGUCGCCGCGCUCAGGCCCUGGGCUUCCUUAGCUCUGGCGGAGUCGGCGCGAUGGGCGAGCCGGAAAGGCCGGCGGCGGCCAGGCCGGAGGAGGAUGAGGGCCCGCAGGCUGUGCCCUCAGCUAUCCUGUUCCCUCCAGUUCUCCCCGGAUCAUCCGUUUCCUUGCAAUUGUCUUCAGAUACAAACGAAAACACAGAGAGGUCAAAUGAAGAGCCUCUUCUAAGAAAGAGUUCCCGCCGGUUUGUCAUCUUUCCGAUCCAGUACCCUGAUAUUUGGAAGAUGUAUAAACAAGCACAGGCGUCUUUCUGGACCGCAGAGGAGGUUGACUUGUCAAAGGACCUCCCUCACUGGAACAAGCUUAAGUCGGAUGAGAAGUAUUUUAUCUCCCACAUCUUAGCCUUUUUUGCAGCCAGUGAUGGAAUUGUCAAUGAAAACUUGGUGGAACGGUUCAGUCAAGAGGUGCAGGUUCCAGAGGCUCGCUGUUUCUAUGGCUUUCAAAUUCUCAUUGAGAACGUCCACUCAGAGAUGUACAGUUUACUAAUAGACACUUACAUCCGGGAUCCAAAGAAAAGGGAAUUUUUGUUUAAUGCAAUUGAAACAAUGCCGUAUGUUAAGAAGAAGGCCGACUGGGCUCUGCGCUGGAUAGCCGACAGAAAGUCGACGUUCGGGGAAAGAGUGGUGGCCUUUGCUGCCGUGGAAGGCGUUUUCUUCUCUGGGUCAUUUGCUGCUAUCUUCUGGCUGAAGAAGAGAGGCCUCAUGCCCGGACUCACUUUCUCGAAUGAACUCAUCAGCAGGGAUGAAGGGCUUCACUGUGACUUUGCUUGCCUGAUGUUUCGGUACUUGGUAAAUAAGCCUUCAGAAGAAAGGGUCAGGGAGAUCAUUGUCGAUGCCGUUAAAAUUGAGCAGGAGUUUUUGACAGAAGCCUUGCCUGUCGGCCUCAUCGGAAUGAACUGUGUUUUGAUGAAACAGUAUAUUGAGUUUGUAGCUGACAGAUUACUUGUGGAACUUGGCUUCUCUAAGGUUUUCCAGGCAGAAAAUCCCUUUGAUUUUAUGGAAAACAUCUCGUUGGAAGGGAAAACGAAUUUCUUUGAGAAGCGAGUUUCUGAGUACCAGCGGUUCGCAGUCAUGGCAGAGACCACGGACAAUGUCUUCACCCUGGAUGCAGACUUUUAAAUCUCUCCCCAGUUAAAAACACCACAGAAGCCAGAUAUGGUGGCACAUGCCUUUAGUCCCAGCACUCAAGGAGGCCAAGGCAGGUGGAGUGUGGGGACUGUCGGAGCUAUGUAUAGAGAUCUGUCUCAAAACCCAAACAACAGCAUCAAGAGCAAACUAACAAACAAAACCUUGUUGGUAAAAUAGCAAUUUAUUUUUCUGUCCUCUUGAAACGUUGAGUAUUUCCUUUAAGGAAAUGAGAGUUUGAAUAGAAGGAAAUCAAGAACUAAAUUAUAAACCGUUGAUUUAUCGAAAUGCACUUCAGCUUAUUUAUACAGUGAGAGGGCGUGGCUUUUUCUUUAUUCGUUAACACAUAAGAUGGCACUAAGAGCCUGGAUUGAGGAGUCAUAUAUGAGUUUGACAUCCUGCCCUUACUCCUUUAUGUAACCUUGGCAGGUCAGUCAGUCACUAACCUUCAGGGCAAUGAUCUGUAAACUUGUAUGAUAGUAAGCCCCAAGUUCAUGGAGGUCACAGAAGAACAGAUGCACAAAGAUAAGUUUCUCUCCACUACCUCGACGACCAGUCAACACCAACGGCACGACUGGUUGCAGUAACACUGAGAUGCAGUAACACUCCUCUCCAAAGUGACUGCGAUUCUAGGUUAGAUGGAGGUCUAGAGUCCAUCAGGGUCUAAUGAUUGCAGGAAGAUUAUGAAACCUUGAGAGGUCAUGAUUCUCAUCAGCCCCUUUGCUUGUCUCAACCUGCGGUAAAGAAUGUCGCUCAUAACUGCUUAGGGCAGAAGGCUUGUGCAACAGAGUCCACACGUUGCCAUGGUUGUGGGCCUUAGAAGAAAAGUGAUUCUCCUUCAGGAAUUAAAAAGCCAACUGUUGCCAGGUGCAGCCCUGGAACGUUUAGAACAGGAUAGAUAGGCACUUCCCCAAGUCAUAUUCUCAGCGCUGGUAGAUCUUGCGAUGUUUUGUGGUAGACUUCAUCUGUUUGUCUUUAUACUUUAAAUCUCUCUACAAUGUUAUGAAGGGAUGGUCUUUAGUGGGACUGUGUAUGCUGCAGAGCUAGAUGAUAAGGGAGAUGGAAAGGCCAGGAGCCAGGCCGUCUGGGCAGUGUGCCCUCUUCAUUUUCAGGAAGCACCAAGAGGAAGCCUGAGCCCCAUCAAACCCCAGUUCCUACUCAGUGAAGUGCCUGCUGCCCAAACAUGAGGGCCUGAGUCCAGAUCCCUGGCAACUCCAUAGAAACCAUAGCAGCACACGCUCACACAACCUCACACUUGUAUGUGCACACACAUGCACACACACAGUGCACACACGUGUACACACAGAGAGUGCAUACACAUGCACACACACAGUGCACACACAGAGUGCACACACAUGGAGUACAAACAAAGUUCUGGAAACUGAAAUUCAGAGAUUUCUCUCUAUGUAAGUUUUGUUCCAUGUGUUCUAUAACUACUGAUUGAUCAAACUAGGAACUCUAAAUGAAUGCAAGAGAGGUGGCAUAGUUCCACUGUUAGAGGGACUAUCAGAAAUGAAGUGUUUGGGUUUCAGUCAGAUUGGUUUUCUUGCUGUGUGCUUCCCACUGGUCAUGUGGUCACCCGAUGCCCUUCUAAGCCUGCCAACACCUGUUAAUAUAACAUGGAGAGAGGGGUGAGGGUCAGAGAAGCUGAAAAACAUAGCCACGAUUCCAGCCACUAUCCUUUUACUGUGAGAUUCUGGGGCUGUCACAUCCUUUAAAUUUCAUCCAUUGUGAUUUGUUUUGCCUGUUCCUUUGUUAAAACAUUGCAUACAUUAUUGCACACCAUAGCAAUACUGUUUACGGUACUUUAGAGUAUCAGAGUAUCAAAGAGCUUGGAGUGUUCGGGUAGCGUGUCUCAAGAUACUUACCUACUGCCAUACAAAACCAUCUAAAACUGUAAUCAUCUCAGAUUGAAAGACGACAGUUCAACCGUGUAUGGCCCCUAAGUUUAAGUCCAGAUCUUCCGCGCGAGUCAUGCCAGUAUGCCAGUGCCUUCAUGCGAUGCCUGUUCACAGCAGCAAUAAGCAACGCUGUGUUUAGAAGUCUUAACAUCAAAACUGAAUCUUAAUACACGGUAAUGUUGCUCCAUGCAGUAUUCUGCACCCAUCAGUCCCCCAAGUUCCAUAUUUAUUUAUUACGUCUAUUUUGGUCCUUAGAUACGGAAGAAUCACGAAGUUACAGGAUGUUUUUCAGUGUAUCACGGGUAAAGAAAGCUUACGUUUAUGGCUCUUCUCUUUUUUUCCAGCACAUGUGUUUAAAAGAAAUUCAGUUUAUCAUAGAAUCAUAAACAACUUUGUCAUAACAGUAGUUCCACUGCACGCUUCAGCACGUAGGCGCAUGGUGUGGAGCAGCAUUGGACCAGUUUAUUCCAGUGCUUUCUGCAGGACUGAAUUUCAGUAAUAAACACUUACUUUGUGAUGUAAUCCACUCCCAGCCACGCUGCUAUCUGAAGAUGUUACAGUGUUUCAUUUUAAAAUAUCCAGAUUCCACUUCUGUCACCACUUUAUUAUUAUGUUUUCCUUCUUUUAGUUGGAGUUCAUCACGCAGUCUGGCCUGGAGUGCACUCUUGAGCCUCCUGCUCCAGCCUCCCAGAUAGGCAUUAUAGGCUGUGUGCCGCCAUGCCCAGAUACAACUUUAUUUUUUUGUGAUAAAGAAGAUGUGCAUGUUCAAAAAUAAUUUAAUAUUCAGAUUAUGUAUUUUAUAUUUAAAUAUAUUUAUGUCAUUCUCAUAGACUCUCCAGAUUUACUUUUCACAACUAAGCUAAGAGCUUAGUGUCAUGCCAGUGAUAAAGAAACUUUUGGUGGGCUGCACUAAAGGCAAAUUAGCUCUAAGGUCAAGUGUCAUGUUUUGAACUAAUUGAGAGUUGGAAGCCAGCUCAGGCAGAACGUGGGGUGCAGAACUCAGAAGUGAGAUUGUAAUUCUCGUCCCUUCCUUAAGUGAUCUGUUCCUUUGUAAACUGCCCUGGGUCUGCAGGAGAAUCUGAUAUUCCUGAAGGCCUAGUAGGAGAAGUCGCUCUCCAAGUUUGUGACUUAACUAUGUGAAAGAAAACAUGCAAACCAGGAAGACCAGAGGAUGGCAUUUUUGGUAAAGAAAAGUAAGUUCACAAUAUUUUAAACAUGUAUUUAACUAUUUUACAACUUUGUUUUGACUUUUCUAAGUGUCUGAUCACUUAACAAAAUCUCAGCAUCUGCCAUGUGUGUAAGAAGCUUUAUGAGACAUGGUGUCCUACAUAUAUUUUGUUAAAAUACAUUAUGGUCAAUCAAACCGACCCUGCUUAUAGAGACUCAGGGCUUUUUUCCACCAAAAAAAUUAUCUGUUUUGUAAAGUUUGUUGAAAUAAACUCUAUCAUUAUAUCA